UGCUGGCUGUUGCUGGUUGUUGCUGGUUUCUGAUGGUUUCUGGUCUCUCUCUCCCCCAGGUGCACUAACCCCAUUCCCUACUGGUUGUUGCUGGUUUCUGAUGGUUGUUGCAGGCUGUUGCAGGCUGUUGCUAGUUGUUGCUGGUUUCUGAUGGUUCCUCUCUCCCCCAGGUGCACUGACCCCAUUCCCUACUGGUUGUUGCUGGUUGUUGCUGGUUUCUGAUGGUUCCUCUCUCCCCCAGGAGCACUGACCCAUUCCCUGCCUGCCGUGUCCCUGCCCCUCUCCCAAGCUGGCGAUGUCCCGGGUGCCGAGUCCCCCCCCUCCGGCAGAGAUGUCCAGCGGCCCGGUGGCCGAGAGCUGGUGCUACACACAGAUCAAGGUGGUGAAGUUCUCCUACAUGUGGACCAUCAACAACUUCAGCUUCUGCCGUGAGGAGAUGGGGGAGGUGAUCAAGAGCUCGACCUUCUCCUCUGGAGCCAACGACAAACUCAAGUGGUGUUUACGUGUGAACCCCAAGGGCCUGGACGAGGAGAGCAAGGAUUACCUGUCCCUGUACCUGCUGCUCGUCAGCUGCCCCAAGAGCGAGGUCAGGGCCAAGUUCAAGUUCUCCAUCCUCAACGCCAAGGGGGAGGAGACCAAGGCCAUGGAGAGCCAGCGCGCCUAUCGCUUCGUGCAAGGCAAGGACUGGGGCUUCAAGAAAUUCAUCAGGAGAGAUUUCCUGCUGGAUGAGGCCAACGGGCUCCUGCCAGAUGACAAACUGACCCUGUUCUGUGAGGUGAGCCCUGCUCUGGGAGCCAGCCCUGGGCAAGUCCUGCCAGCCCUGGGCAAGUCCUGCCAGCCCUGGGCAAGUCCAACAAGCCGUGGGCAAGUCCAGCAGCCCCAGAAAGGUCCUGCAACCCCAGGGAGCUCCUGCAGGUCCUACAGCCUUGUGCAGAGAGCCAUCCUGGCAGCACGAUCGCCCGUGUUCAGCGCCAUGUUCGAGCACGAGAUGGAGGAGAGCAAAAAGAACCGGGUUGAGAUCAACGACGUGGAGCCCGAGGUGUUCAAGGAGAUGAUGUGUUUCAUUUACACUGGCAAGGCCCCCAACCUGGACAAGAUGGCAGAUGAUCUGCUGGCAGCUGCUGACAAGUAUGCCCUGGAGAGGCUGAAGGUGAUGUGUGAGGACGCUCUCUGCAGUAACCUGUCGGUGGAGAAUGCAGCUGAGAUCCUGAUCCUGGCUGACCUGCACAGCGCAGACCAGCUCAAAACCCAGGCUGUGGACUUCAUUAAUUAGUGAGUAAUUGCUCCAGGAUGGACAAACCCUUCCCUUCCCCUUCCA